CGAUCAUGUUUAUCAUCUAUAUUUGUUUCUUUCUCACCUCAGCCAUUAUAGAUUCCAAUGGGCUAGCCAUGGCCCAAAAGUUGGAACCAAUUGGUGGGAAAGGGGGCAAGCAGUGGGAUGAUGGAAUUGACCACGACUAUGUAACAAAAGUUUAUAUACGAGGUGGUCGUGAAGGAAUUCACUACAUCAAAUUUAAUUAUGUCAAGGAUGGACAAUCCAUAGAUGGAUUAAUCCAUGGUGUUUCCGGUGAUGGGUUUACACAUACGUUGGAGAUUGACCAAUCCAAUUAUGAACACAUUGUAUCUGUGGAUGGUUACUACGAUGACAAGACCGGCGUGAUGCAAGCCCUUCAAUUCAAAACAAAUCUGAAGACCUUUGACUUGAUUGGGUAUCCAAAGGGCACUAGUAAAUUUUCACUAGGAGUCGACGGCAAGAUUAUCAUUGGCUUUUAUGGGUUUUCUGGAAGAUUCCUAAACUCUCUCGGAGCAUAUUUAAGAAAGGCUCCUCCUACUAAAUCGGGACUCGUAGGUGGUUUAUAUGGUGGCGAAUAUUGGGAUGAUGGUCCUAAUUAUGACGGUGUAAGAAAGGUGUACGUUACUUAUACUAACUAUCUUAUAAGGAGUAUAAGCACUGACUACGACAAAGACGGCCAAGUGGUAACAUCUUCUCACGGGAGCAAAAAUGGAGAGACAAAGGAGUUUGUGAUCGACUAUCCAAAUGAAUAUUUGACAUCAGUGGAGGGCACCUACAACACAAUCCCUGAAGAUGGCGUUUUGGUUGUUAGGUCAUUGAUUUUCAAAACAUCAAAAGGGAGAAUUUCUCCAACGUAUGGAUUUGUGUCUGGUACCCAGUUCGUGUUGGAGAGCCAAGGUAAUGUUAUUGUUGGGUUUUAUGGACGUGAUGGUGGUGGUUUCGAUGCUAUUGGAGUUUAUUUCUCACCGAUUAUUACUCCGUAAUUAACUACGAAUAUCAUGAAUGAGAUUACAGUUCCAUGGAAAAAAGUAGCUAAUGUUGACCAUGGCGCUUUAGUACUUUUCUCGUAUCUCUUACCUACUUUACUAUACGUGUUUAUAUCUCAAAUGUUGCUUAAAUAUUUUGUGUUCCUUUUCGAUCCUGCAAAUUUCAUA